AUUAAACACUUAGUCCAAUGUGCUGACUGAGAGAACGGAGGUCCAUUUUGUGUACCGCUGCGAUUUAAAAAAAAAUGUGUCGUGUUUUCUUCUCUCAUUCAUUCGACCCCUGCGAGGCGCUAGAACAGGAAACGUGCGAGCCGCUUGCAACACUCGGGCUGUUUCAGUGGAAGUCGACUUAGACUCGCACUAGGACCCAAGGAAGCCCCCAUUUCUCCCAUUUGUGGGUCUGGCUCGCCCGAGCGCAGACAACAAAAGCAGACUUGGAUUGUCUCUGUCUCUCUGCAUCCACACCCUGUCCACACUGCACACAAUUUGGUUUGUUUGAUCUUCAAUUCUGAUCAAUUAACUGAAGCAUGUUCCAAGAUAAAGAGCUGGAUUUCGGCCAUUUUGACGAAAGGGACAAGACACGUUACUCAAAGGGUUCAAGGAUGAAUGGUUUACCAAGCCCCACACACAGUGCUCAUUGCAGUUUCUACCGCACCCGAACCUUGCAGGCCCUUACCACUGAGAAGAAAGCCAAGAAGGUCCGCUUCUAUCGUAAUGGGGAUCGGUACUUCAAGGGCAUUGUGUAUGCAAUAUCUGCAGAUCGCUUCCGUUCCUUUGACGCUCUGCUGGCAGACCUGACCCGAACCUUGUCUGAUAAUGUGAACCUCCCACAGGGAGUUCGCAUUAUCUUUUCCAUUGAUGGGCUUGGGAAGAUUACCAGUCUUGAUGAACUGGAGGAAGGAGAGAGUUAUGUUUGCUCAUCUCAUGACAUCUUCAAAAAGGUGGAUUACACCAAGAAUGUAAAUCCCAAUUGGUCUGUGAACGUCAAAGCCUCUGCUACCCAGAAAGUACCACAGUCUCUGGCCAGUGCCAAGCACAUGACUGAGGUCAAAGAAACCAAGGACUUUGUUCGCCCAAAACUCGUGACUGUCAUACGGAGUGGAGUCAAACCACGGAAAGCAGUGAGAGUUCUGCUCAACAAGAAAACAGCACACUCCUUUGAGCAAGUUCUUACUGACAUCACUGAGGCCAUCAAGCUUGAGACUGGGGUAGUGAAGAAGCUAUACACCUUGGAUGGCAAGCAGGUGUCAUGCCUACAAGACUUUUUUGGGGAUGAUGAUGUGUUCAUUGCUUGUGGCCCAGAAAAGUUCCGAUAUGCCCAAGAUGACUUUUCACUGGAUGAAAAUGAGGUGCACAGAAGUCGGACGCUGGGAGGUUUUGAUGUUGAAUGCCGUGUGGUGAAGACAAACCCUGGAGGCAAAUCAACUAAUGCCUCACAAAGGUCCACAGGCAAGAGCUCUGGAGCUUCACGUCGCAGUAAGUCUCCUGCAGACUCUGCUAAUGGAACCUCUAGCAGCCAGCUCUCCACUCCCAAGUCCAAUAAGUCUCCAGUCUCAACACCCAUUUCGACACCAACUAGCCCAGGCUGCCUUCGCAAGCACAAGGAUCUGUAUCUGCCACUUUCUCUGGAUGACUCGGACUCACUGGGUGACUCGAUGUGAGCCAGAUGAGUGAUGGAAGGCUGGAAUUCGCCAUCUGAACCAGUGAGACUUGGAAAAGGAAUUCUGCCCAGUGUGCAGAGGUUAUUGAUCUUGGUGUUCACUAAUUGCCAAGUGACACCAAAACAAAAUUGCCCUGUUUUUAACAGUUUGUCCUUCUCAUGAGAAACCUAGUAUCUUGGAAUAUCACUGCCUUUUUCUAAACAUCAGAUAUGAAGCACUGUGAGAAUAUUUCAUAAUAACACAAGCAGGUCUCUUGUACGUCACUUGUUCUUUGAAAUUUAUGGUCCCUGGUUAUGUUUUUUUCAAUGGUGCUGUGUGAUUUUCCAUUUCUCUUUGAUAUUUGAUGUGCAGUUAUUAUAUGCUUCAUUUAUAAAUCCGGUUUUAGUUAUUAAAGACCUCUGCCAGUUUUUUCUUUUUUAAGAAAAUCCUCUGCUGCGCAGACAUGUUUAACAUCUGAUUUGUUUAAAAAAAGGAGGGACAGAAAAAAACUCCAAAAAAAUCAUUAACUAAGAUGCAAACAUUUAGUUUAAAGUGAAAAUAACAUUGAUUUGAGAAUGGGAAAGUAAUUUCAGAAGAAUACAGCUUAAUGAGACUAAGGCAUUAAUUUUCUAAAAUUAAAUUUGAUCACAUUUGUUUAAUACUUUUUUUAGUGAUAAAAUGAUUCUGAUUCUUGCUUUAUAUGACAUUUUGAAUGGAUAGAACUAUUUAGGGUUAGAGUAAGACAGCAAAUUUACAUUUUACUAAUAAGAACAAAUUGUUCAUGCGCUUUUUUAUUUGUGAAUGUGUUCACUGUGCAAUUAUAUUCAAAUCAGUUUAUAAGUAGACUUACUGAAUUGCAUUAAUCGAAUACUUGUAAAAGCUGGUGGUGAAGGGUUUUCUUUGAUAGGGAAAAGGGAACAUUAACUUGCCACUGGACUAGGAUUAGCAUGAAAUAAACUUGCCAUGCAUGAGACUUAUCUUGUGCUUUUCUUGAUUCAUAAAGAAUGUUUACAACCUUGUUUGAUUUGGUGUGACAUUUAGCUUGCAGGCUGAUUUUACUCUGAUGUGGAAUUCAAAUUUCAAUGCACUGCAAUUUCUUCUGUUUCAAUAACCAAGUUUGGAAGAUUAGUCAUGAGUAUUUCUCCAUGCUACUGUCCUGCUGCAGAACGUCUUAUGAUGCAGCCUCCUUUGUUUUCUGCCCCUUUCCCCAGAGAACAAAGAAUUGCUCCAUUUUGCCAUGGAAUUUGCAUUGCUGUGAAAUUCACCCUGUUCACCAUUGCAUUUUGGCCCUGAAGCAUUCACUGAACAGUCACAGGCUUGGCAAUUGUUUGAAUAUUGUGGCCCCUGUAUACUUUCAGUCAGAAAAAAAAGUAGUGGUUGAAAUUGGCUGGUAGAUGCCCCCACUUCCGCAGAUUAGCAGAUUGUCUAAUGAUUGGCAUAUCGAAGUGAUUAUUCUCUUUCCAUGAUAUCAAUGUGCCACAAUACAAAAAUUAUUGCCAGCUAAUGUUUCAAUUAUCCUUCAGUUCACCUCCAAAAUGAGGUAGCAGGGAGAAGAACUAUUACAAAAAAGUUGUCAAUUAGGAUCGUGCAGCUGAAUGGUAUGUGAGAGAGAAAUUGGGGUUUAUUGUUGGUACAUUUUGCCCUCUCAACAUACUUUCAUGAAUUUUGCUUAACCUUCUGGCCAUUCCUUAACCAGCCAAUGUUCUUCUUCAUGUUCUAGUGUCAGUUCAAAUCACCAAGUCUAGUUCCAUCAUUCAGCAAGUUUCUAAUCAUAUUAGAUGAUGUUUUGAGAGGAUGGCAAGCAUCACAUCUUCUAGGGAGUCAUUCCUCGCUCACGUAACAUCUGAGAAAGUCUACAGAAGAAAUGUUAUGUUCUUUAAAACAUGUGUUCCAGUUACCUUUAACUCUGUGAGGACUCAGGAUUUUGGGAUUUUUUUUGUCCCUGAGUUGUUUUUUUUCUCUCUCCUUUUGUAUGAUUUUUCCUGAGUCAUAAUUGAGCUUCAUAGCUUCAGAUUUCAGAUGUUUAUCACUGGCCUUCAAUCAACUAUAGUGGUCAAAAUGGCUGCUGCAGCAGGCAGGGAGUGAGAGGCCUCUUGGCCUGUCUGGAGAUCAGCUCUGCUCCCAGGAGGUCUUCCCUGGCCAAUUAAGUUGGCCCCUACUGCUGGUGGGAACCAAAGGGCCGUUAGUUGCAUGACAUUUGUAUUAGUUUUGGAGGCAGUUUUGCCACUCCUCACUGGUUUAUGAACUACCCAUUACUAUAUGCUGCUGAAAUAUGGUAAUCAAUAAUAUGGAAAACAAAAUGUACUUUUGUAACACCAGCCUUAUUUUUGAAAAACAUCACUGGUUUCCAGGGAUUCAGUGAUAAUGGCUUGAGAAUAGCAAUCAAGAAGCCCAGGCCACUGCUCUGGGUAUUUGGGUUAGAAUCCCACUGUGGUAAAUGAAGAUUGAAUUUAAUAAAAUCUGGAAUAAAAAGCUGACAUAAUGCCAACCAUGUGCCCAUUGUCAAAUAUUGGAAAAUUCCAUCUGGUUCACUAAUGUCUGUUCGCAAAGGAACCCUGCCAUAUUUACCUAGUUUGACCUACAUGUCUCCAGAUCCACACAAUGUGACAGAAUCUUAACUGCUCCUUGGGCAAUUAGGGAUGGACAAUAAAUGCUAGCCUAGCCAGCGUGUCUACAUCCCAGGAAUAAGUAAGAACAAAAUGUCUUGGUUUACUUUCUGCUUGCUAGCAAGUCCAGGCAGGAGGUUCCAUCUUUGUUUUCUACUUGGUAAUAGAAUGGCAGAUGACAGACAUCCUGAUAAAAGUUCCUUCUUCUUACUUCUCCCAGUAUUAGGCUUCUAUUACAGUUUGAUCUUCUUUCCAAUAGGCUGGUGAUGGCAGCAUGAUGCCUUGUCUGUACUUCUCCAGAAGUCAAUUCAAAAAAGCUCAAUUGGACUCAGUCACAGAAUAGCAAUAGAUGGUGCAAAUAAAUUCAUAAUGUACCCAAAGGUGUAUUAAGAGUUGCAGCAGUAAGGAGUCCAGAUUCUACUCCUCAGAGCAAUCUCUUUGAUCUCUGGCUUUGGUAUCAUUUGAACUCCCUGGGCAAGUCUGCAGCUUAAAGUGUGUCAGUGUGUUCCCUUAAUAAAGAGAAGUAAGCUCAGCAGGGAGAGUAUUCCCAAAAUUUGUGUGUGUGUGUGUGUGUAUAGCCACACAAGCCACAUCAGAUUAAUUCUCAGUCAGACAGGCUAAUGUAACCCCAUAAAAGUAAACAUAGUUUGAGAUUGUGAUUUGGUUAAGACAGCUGUGUAUGUUAUUUAAAUGAUGUGUCAUGCACAGGUGACCUAUAGGCAUAAUGGCAGUGCUUGGUGUGAAAAUACAGAUGACCCUUUUGUAAUUGAAUUAAUUUCAGUGCUCGAGGUACACAAUAGGCAAAAAGCCUCUGGUCUUUAAUGAAACAAACUCUGCCUGAAUGCUGACUUAAUUUAAUAACCUGUGUAUUUUCACACUUGUAAUGGUCAUUAUAUUGUGGAACUCCUUCCAUAGGAAGUGAGAUCACAGUGGCUCUGGUUUCAUCCUGUUCACAUUGAGGAUUGGGCCAAGAGCACCUUGAAGGAACUGAGCGUGUGAAAAGUCAAGCACGAGCAGUUAAUCCCGAGGGAAUACGGGCCAGUAAUCUGAAAAUAUUACUGGUCAAUAUUGGCCGGAUGAGCGGCAGCCGCAAGGAAAAGAAGUUCACGGUAAAUAAGUUGGUUGCCACUGGUGGCUCCUUUGGCUUUAGAGGUAGAAAGUGAGAUUUUGACAAGGGGCAGUGUUCUGUCCCCCAGAGAAGGUGAGUGAAACCACUUUGUGAGGUGGCACUCUGUCUGCUUGGAGUGGGGAAUAAGAUAACCUCAUGAAGAGAUGCCUCAAGUGCACUGUCUGGUUUCUUAAUGCACUGCCUCUGUGGACAGAGUGUAGCUGCACCGUGGGUAAAUGAAAAGAAUUAAGAAUGAUAGUAAUGCUAAUCAGCAGUAUUUAUUUCACAAAGAACCCUCUAAAAAUACCAUUACCUAAGACCGUGAGUGUAUUACAUUGAUAUCUUUUAUUUUUCAUUGAAUAUUUUAACCACGGCGGCAGUUGAUUUGUGAGUUUGUUUUGAGAUGUAACAAAGACUCACAACAACGGUUAAGCCAGCCUCAGAUUUGCAUACCUGGUAAAAAGCCAACCUGGAAGGAAAAUUGGCAUAAACACUCAAAAUGUUACAAAUUGAGACCGUAUCCUAAAAGAUGAAAAAGAAGGUCAGUAUAAUAGACUGAAGCAUUGCCUGCUAUGUACUGCAUUCAUUUUUCUUCUAUCCUUGCACGUCAUGGGCAGUGCAGCCUGGGUCUGUUAGCAUUCCCAUGGAAACAAGACAGACUAUGUUUUUGUCGCCAUGCAACAGGAGUCAGCCAGGAAUAAGUGGCACUGUUCCCAUAAUUGGCAGUAUCAAUUGGCUGCUGGUGUAUGAGGCAGCUGAGGUGAAUGUAAAGGAGCAGAAAUCUGAAGCAGAGUUAGUUGUAUAUGUGAGUGUUGAGGCUGGAAGUAAAUUGACAUAAUUGAAAUUGGUUAGAACUGUUGACAAAUAGAACAUUGGAUCAGUAUUGAGUCUGGUUAAUGGUGAUUAUAGGAUCAAAACUGCAGUUGUUUUAAAUCUGGAGAAGCGCAUUGCUGAACAAAUCCACUGUCCACACUCAUAGCCUAGACUGUGAAUGCUUUGCUAUUAGUGCAUUAAAUUCCUUUCCUGAGGAAUUAAAAUAUAUUAAUAUAGAGACUCAGUGGUAUAGGGUGUUUCAUCUGUGAGUUCUCAUCCAAAUCCACAUUGAUGCAAAUUGAUACUGAAUUGCAAAUUUUAUUUGGAAGAUCAACAAGGUUGGCUACUAUGCCAAAUUUGCGUUAAUGUAGCCAUGGGCAUUCUGAGGUUUUCAUUAAUACGACUGCACCUGGCUGCAUUGAGUAUGUCCAGAUAAUGCUGUUGUUGACGCUGAAUGCUGGAAUAGGCAAUAGAACUAACUUCACUUCUGUUUAGCACAAUCAUCAUAAAGUACAAAACAGAAUUGUAGUGUGUAUUUACACAAUAUAACUCAACAUGCUUCAUUGAGAUAGUGGUAAAAAUAGUAAUAUUUAAUAAUAGGGAAGCUCUAAACCAUUUGGAUGUUAUUAGAUACACCAUUAAUUUGAAAAUCUGAUCUAGUCAGAGACAAACAUAUUUCUGACCUUUGGAAUAAUAUUGUCCUUCAGGAUUGUCCACACAAUAGGAGAGACCUUAACUAAUUCAAAACCCAAGCCAUUUGCUUAGAGUUGGGAGUGGGCCCCUUCCGAAGUCUGGUGCCUUCUUAAACUCAAAUCUGCCAUGGUUGAAGUUGAUGAGGGAAAGCCAGGAAAAUCUUAAAGCUUACCUCAAUUUCAGUGUUGUUGCUCAUUCACUGGUGAGCAGGUUUCAAAGUGGUGACAAGAAGCAGAUUGCCAGCCCAUCCAUCUAUUAAUUAGGUGUCUCGCUGACUCAUACUUCAAUUACACUCAAAUUUAUCCCAUAAAUGGAAAUAGUUAGGUCUAAAAGCAUGCUUGAAAAUCUUAUGCUCUGAACAGGAAUUUUCUGGCACCUAACUGUAGACAGUUUUCCAAUAAAUGUGCCAUAAUGUCAGAAACAGUUGAGCUUUAAUAAAAUUCAAAUUAAAUCUUAAAUAAACCUCAUCAUUCUGGAAAUGCAUGGCGUGAGCUGAUGGUGCCAAAAGUGAUCAGAAACAAAGUUUGAAAGUUACAGUACAAUACAGCUACAAAACAGCAAUGGUUUGCACUUUUUGAAAACACCCUUAAAAUUCUUAUCUAAUAGGUCCCUGGGAAGUUCCCAUUUUCAGUGUAAUCACUCUCAACCAUCUCUUUGCUAUAAUUCUUGAAUGCUUACCUUUUGCUGUAAAAUCAUAUCCCAGCAUUCCAAAGUACCUACCAUUCUGUUUAAUUACUCCCACACACAUGGUAUUCUCCUUAUGAUAAUUUUCAGGUGUCAUCAAUUGCAAAUAUAAUUGUUCUUGUUAUGACUGUAAUCUACCUUUUGGGUGUUAUCGAUCUGUUAGUCAGCAAUUUGUGAGCAGCGGGUAGGUAACAGUAAUGCAUUUCUCUUCAAUUCUAUUGUCAGAAAAUUAACCAGAACAUCAAUGCAAUCUAUAGAAUCUAUAAAAACCCAAAUGUACCAAAAUUUGCUUUCGGGGAAAAAAAAGCCUACCAUCGAGUUGAAUAUAUAAUGGAACUAAGAAAAGUGACAUUUCUUUUUAAAACGUUAAUUUCUGAAUAGUUUGCUUGCUUGCUUUUCUAUUACAUCAGUGCUAUCAUGCUUGAACCAUGUGCAUGUUUCAGCCAUUUUUGCUAUCUGUGGUGAAGAGUCAGUUUGCUAUUUUUGCUGCCUUUUUUGUGAAAUUCUAAAUGUACAUAAAAUGUUUAUUAUUAUUGACUUUUUAAAUUUC